AUGGCGACAAGUGUACCGUAUAGAUUUGAAGAUGAUUUGCUCGAUGAGAAAAAGAAGAAAAGGAACUUCGUUUCAAAGAAUGCUCAGGCUAAAAAAUUCUGGCAUCCUAUAAAUUCCAAAUUGAUCAAAUCCAAAAGAUUCAUUCUUACCGUAUUUGUUGUGGUAUUUCUUUUCUUUUGGAUUAGUGAUUCAUCAUCUGUGCCAUCAAAUAUGAGCUCAUCAAUGGAUAUCCCAGCACAGCUCGUAAGGAAUCAUAAAUCAACUUGGUUACCAUUUUCUAAAGAGCCUAAAAUUGUGAUCAUAUUGGCUGCAAACGAAGGUGGUGGUGUAUUGAGAUGGAAAAAUGAACAAGAAUGGGCCAUUGAGCGUAUUUCAAUCGAGAAUAAGAGAGCAUAUGCUAGAAGACAUGGAUAUGCUUUGACUAUUAAAGAUACCACUACUGCCAAGAGAUAUUCUCAUGAAUUCAGAGAAGGUUGGCAAAAAGUUGAUAUUUUGAAACAAACUAUGAGAGAAUUUCCAAAUGCAGAAUGGUUUUGGUGGCUUGAUUUGGAUACAUUAAUCAUGGAACCAAAAAAGAGUCUGGAAGAACAUAUUUUCGAUAGAUUAGAUGAAAUUGUAGAUCGCACGGUCAGCGAUUUCAAUCCGUUAAAUUUAGUCGAGGACUUACCAUAUAUUGACUACACACAAGAAUUGGAUCUUUUGAUAACUCAAGAUUGUGGUGGGUUCAAUUUGGGCUCAUUUUUUAUGAGAAAUAGUGAAUGGUCAAAACUCUUAUUGGACAUAUGGUGGGAUCCUGCCGCAUAUGAACAAAAACAUAUGAUUUGGGAACAUAGAGAACAAGAUGCAUUAGAAUCGUUAUAUGCCAAUGAAGCAUGGAUUCGCUCGAAAGUCGGAUUUUUACCUUUAAGAGCCAUCAAUGCGUUCCCACCUGGGGCCUGUUCGGAAUAUAGAGAAGAUCCAAGAUAUUUUUACAACGAAAAAGAGCAUGAUUUUGUUGUCAAUAUGGCAGGAUGUAAUUUUGGUAGAGACUGUUGGGGAGAAAUGCAGUACUAUGCAAAUUUAAUGAAGGUUUCAAAUAAUAAAUGGUACACGAAUUUCUUCAGUUGA